CGACUGACUAACGGGUGCUUUUUAGGCACACACAAAACCAAAUACAAAUCUGAACUCACGAACUAAACCAGAUUCUCAGACUCCACACUCCCGCUAACAAUGGAGACCCAAAACCCUAACCCUGUAUCACCAUCUUCUUCUUCACCACUUCCGCCACCGUCGCUGCCGCCGCCGCCGCACGAAGAACCUGACUCAAAAAGACUCAAAAUGUCAACCACCACUUCCGGCGACCCCAACACCACCACCACUGAAAGAAAACCCCGAUACAAACGCCGAAAAGUCGCAAUCCUCUUCGCAUACUGCGGCGUAGGCUACCAAGGCAUGCAAAAGAACCCAGGAGCCAAAACAAUCGAAGGAGACCUCGAAGAAGCCCUCUACUUCUCCGGCGCCGUUCUCGAAAACGAACGCGGCUGCCCGAAUCGUUACGACUUUGCCCGAUCUGCCCGAACUGAUAAGGGCGUUAGCGCCGUUGGUCAAGUGGUUUCCGGCAAGUUCUACGUCGAUCCACCCGGGUUUGUGGAGCGUUUAAACAGUAAUUUACCGGCCCAGUUCCGGGUUUUCGGGUUUAAGCGUGUUACUGCAUCGUUUAGUGCGAAAAAGUUUUGUGAUCGGAGAAGGUAUGUGUAUUUGUUACCGGUUUUUGCGCUUGAUGGUAAGGCUCAUUGUGAUGGUGUGAAGUGUUUGGAGUGUUUGGAGAAUGGAUGGAGAGUGUAUGGUGCGGGUUUUGAAGGUGAUGUUCAGUCGGGAAUUUCGUCGAACACAUUGUGUGCGGUAUCCGACUCAGGUUGUUUAGAUAAUGGGAAUGGUUGUAAAGACGGUUUGAACUCUGAAUCUCUGAUUGGUGAAGUUCAGUUAGUGGAUAAUUCAUCUGAUUUAAGCAAAACUGGGUCUGACGUUGAAAUUCAGCCAGACAUUUUGUCGAACACCUUGAGUGCGGUAUCAGAUUCUGAUGGUAAGGUAGAAAAUUUAGCAUCUUUAGAUAAUGGGAAUGGUUGUAAAGACGCUUUGAAUCCUGAAUCAGCGGAAAAUCCAUCUGAUUUAGGAAAAAAGUGUGAUGAUUAUUCCGGUUCGGAUGCUGCAAAUGGCGGGAUUGUGAAGGAGAAUGUGUUUUCUUAUGAUGAUGAGAAGCGGCAGAGGUUUAAUAAGAUUUUGAAACAGUAUGAAGGGACUCAUAAUUUUCAUAAUUUUACUACGAGAACAAAGGCGGCUGACCCGUCUGCUAACCGCUACAUUAUCUCGUUUAGUGCUAACACGACUGUUACAGUUGAUGGGAUGGAGUUUGUGAAAUGUGAAGUUGUUGGGCAGAGCUUUAUGCUUCACCAGAUACGGAAGAUGAUCGGUGUAGCUGUUGCGGUUAUGAGGAAUUUUGCUCCAGAGUCGCUGAUUGAAACUGCUCUACAACAGGAUGUUAAUAUCAAUGUGCCUACAGCUCCUGAAGUUGGGCUAUAUUUGGACGAGUGUUUUUUCUCAUCAUAUAACCAGAAAUGGAGAGACACCCAUGAAGAGGUGUCGAUGAAAGCUUAUGCAGAAGAAGCCGAAGAAUUCAAACUGAAACAUAUCUAUUCGCACAUUGCAUCAACAGAGCGUAAAGAAGGAUCUGUUGCUGUUUGGCUGCAUUCUUUGGACCACCGGAGAUAUCCAGAUUUAAGACCAGACGAAAAAAGUGAAGCGAAUGAGGUGGCGAUACCUCAAACCGAGUAGACAACUAGGAGGGUUGACUUACUACUCGUUGCAUUUGAAUGAUCGCGUUUAACGAUUAAUGUAUGUAUUCUUAAAUUUAACACCUGGGUUCUAUGUGAAACGCUAUAGACGGAGGUGUUUUCUUGCCAUUUGCAGUGAAAUUAUUUUCUUGACUGAAAACGUUUAAACAGACUCUAAAUUUGGGGUCUUUUUCUAGUUUUAAACUUAUAUUACCAA